CGGCAGCUCGCUCGUCUAAUCAGUCGAUCAUCGAAUUUGACCAUGUUACCGUUGUUGCUGUUACUUCAGGCUUACACUGCAGCUUCCCAAACCCAAAAGAACUUCACAAUAAAAUACGUGCAGACGUGUCCAGACGUGGGCUACUUCGUGCAGAGGGAGCUCGCUCCUAACUCAUUGGGUUUAGGGCCGUGUUUCCUCUGCUUCUGCCAGAAUGACGGUACAGCUACUUGUUGGAGGCGGGAAGACUGGAGAUGUGAUGUUGAGAAGUACCAUCACCAUCACGUAGGGAGAAGGGAUACUAGAAUCCGUCGCGGCAUUGGACUUGGUGACGUAUUUUUCCGCGACGCCACUAGAGACGUAUUCAACAAAAAUAUGCCGGAACAAUGCAAGCCUUUUGAGUCGAGUUUCAGCGACGGAUGCCCACCCGAGGACUGGUGCAUCGGCUGUACGGUGUGUGACUGCGACGCCAAUGGCCGCUGGGACUGCCACGUGCUCAGCUUCUGCGACAAAACUACAAGGAAACCUUCAAAGAAACGCAAAGGUAACUACAGAAGGACAGUCAUCAGAAAACACAAGUGA